AUGAAGAAUUUGCAUUUAUAUAAAGUGAUACAGACAUCAAACCCGAAUCUCAAGGAAGAACUAAAAAGUAAAUUUAAACGUUAAAGUUUAUUUUAUUUUUAUGUUUAGAUGCAUCUCAUUUUGCUUCCGACACAAGGGCAGGACAGAUCUUCUUCAUAACAUCUGAAAAAUUGAUUGGAAUCAAGAAUGGAGAGCUGGUAUGGAUAAUGUAACAUAAAUUGAUCUAAACUCAUACUUUUCAGUCUUGUGACUACGAAUUUGAUUCUUCAGUAGAACAUGAAGGUCCAGUUGUGUGUUUUGAUUAUCUUUCCGAUUCAGAUGAACUCUUUUGGAUCUACCAAAAUGGACAUUGUUAUCGGAUGAAUGUGGAGUCGUGGGAGGUGAGUAAAAUGAGUUGAUUAUGUGGUUUUAAAGUAAGUUUUUAUUAUUCUUUUUGAUUUUUAGGCAGUAGAAGAUACUGGAGUAGUGUUUGAACCAGUUUGGGGCGCUUCAUGGUCCCCAGGCUAUCAGAAUUUGGUCGUGGCGACUGAAAACACUUUGUUGUUGUUCUCACGUGACUUGGAUGUGAUCUCAGAAAGCGAGGUGAAGCCAAAUUAUGCUGGAAAAGGUAAAUAAAAUACGUGAUAGACUUUUCUUUGGUUUGAAUAUGAAUCUAUGUUAAAAAGUUAAAGAUAUUAGUCUUAAAAACGACCUUAAACUUAUCUACUUACUAGAUGUCUAAUAUAAAAUUUUUUUAUAGAAGAACUACAAACAAUUGGUUGGGGAUCAAAAGAAACACAAUUUCAAGGAUCUGUAGGUAAAGGAGCACGUGAAGUAGCUGAUAAAGAUCGUCAGUUAACGCUGCUAGUUGAGUAUGAUCAAGAACAGUUUGGCACAUUGAUCAAGUGGAGAGCUGAUGGACAAGUGCUCGCUAUUUCGAACACUGAAGUCGUUGCUGGUGCCAAAUGUCGUAGAGUUAGGAUAUGGGAUUCUGAUUUGAAUUUCUUAGCUUUAUGUGAUCCGUUGAGCGGUAUUGAACCUACUUUAGAAGUUUUGUAAGUUUGUCAUGGAUAAUAUAAGGCUUUUUUGAUUUUUUUGUUGGUUUUUAGAUGAUUUUGAAGGGGUUUGAAGAAGAAAUGGUUAAAAUAGGAUGUGAUAGUGUAUUGAAUUUACUUUUGAGGUUAAAAAAGUUUUGUCACAUCAAGAUAUAUUGAGUUAUAUCACCUUGCUUUAGACCGUCUCGAAACCUGUUCGUAACCUCUAGAACGAGUGUUGAUGAAGAAAAGACGCGAUCACUGUGGUUUUACGAACAAAAUGGACAAUAUAGAAAGAAUGUUACACUUGAAAAGCAGGAUAAUAUGAAGUUACAAUCAAUUCAGACCAAUUGUGAUGGUACUAUACUAGCUUUGGUCUUUGACUCUGAUACUAAUGUUGAUGCCAUAGCUCAGCCAGGCGGUGAACUUCAAUUCUGGACGUUGAGCAAUGCUGAAUGGACUAAGAAGUUGGCUUACAAAUUCAAUUACAGUAUCAAAUACAGUAACUUCUCUCAGGAAUUCGCUUCAAACUUUCAAUUUCUGACCUCGGAAGGCAGUACAAUAUCUUUUGACAUUGGAUUUCUAUACAACUCUGAAACCGGCAAGGUUGUUAGUGUAAAUGGCAGAGAGCUGCGACUAACCGACCUUAACGUGGCUCCAAUUCCACCACCAAUGAGUCAUGUACAAUAUAAACUGGCGGGGGCUGUUUCAAGCAUUUUUAUCCGAAAUGAUGGACGAAUUGCCGUUUUAAACAAGGAUAUGAUGUUAUAUCUCGUCGAUUUUAAAGACCUGAAGGCUGAAGUUGUUGCAGAAGAGAAAUUGGAGAACGUUGGUGAUUUUGUAUACGAAUUGAGGCUUGUGGAUGAUCAGAAAGUGUCAUAUGUGAGCUUGAAGGAUGGUGAAUAUAAAGUGGAAGUAUUGGAUUUGAAAACGAUGGAAAUUAGGUAGGAGCUUUGGAUUUGUGGCAUUUUUUGGGCUUUUGAGAACCUUUGAACUUAAUUUUAAAAAUGUUUGAAUUAAAUUUUUUUUAAAUUGAAAUUUUAGGUAACAACUAAAGAAAAAAUCAAAUUUUAGAUAUUAUUAGGGCUUUUUAAGCAAUGUAUUGUUACGAUUAGAAGAAAACAUUAUUUUUUAAACAUAACUAUGAUUUUUGUUACCUAAAAUAUUGGAAAAACGUUAUUUUAGGUAAUAAAAGUGCAUUUUAAACAUUUUUUAAUCAAAAAAAUAUUUAAAAACUUAUAAAAUGAAUAUAAUUGUAAGUAAAAUACGUCAAUGAUUUUUUCAGCUCAUUAUCAACCCAACCAGAACCCAUAGUCUACCAUAAAGUUGAUGGUACAACAACAUAUGUCAUCACUGAUAAGGGAAAAUGCCUCAAAACGACCGAAAACGAAACUGCCAUUCUUUUUGAUGUCGGUCUAACCGAUUUUUUCAAAUGGACUUGGAUCGGCAAUGACAGUUUCCUAGGCUUAUCACCCAACUUUAAUUUGUACCUAAACGACCGGUCGAUUAUUCAAAAUUGCAUGAGUUAUUCGAUAAAUGGCAGUCUGUGCUUGUUCACUACGUUUGAACACAAGUUGCAUGUGCUGGAGGUAAAUAAGGAUGUGAAGAAGGCUGAUGAAGGUACGUCUGGUCUUGGCUAGAAAAAAAUUUUAAAAAAAUUUUUUUGAUAUAAAGAUUUUUUUAAUUAAAAUGCCAUUUUUAAUCGUAUAUCCCACUAUAAUCAAAUUUUUAAGGCCGAAAAGUGGAGCGAGGAGCAGUAGUCGUCGGUCACGAAGGCGAAAACGGCACAAAAUGCUGGCUCCAAAUGCCCAGAGGCAAUCUAGAAGGUAUCCACCCCCGCUUCCUAACCCUCAGCAACAUGAAAACCCUCCUAAAUCAAAAACAAUACCUAGAAGCAGCGAUUCAGAUGCGAAAACAUCGAAUCAACAUGAACCUGAUCCUAGACCAUGAUCCAGAAUCAUUUUACAACAGUUUGGACACGUUCAUCGGCCAAUUCGAUCCAAAAGUGACACUUCACAUGGACCUACUACAACUCUUCAUAUUAGGCUUAGAGGAGACGGAUUCAACAGCUACAGCCUUUAAGGAACACUACGAAAGAGAAGGUCAAAAAGUGUCGGGGAAAGUGGUAAAAGCGGCCGAGGAAAUGGAAAAAGUGAUAAGAAGAAGGCUGGAUGAAUUAGAGCAAGGAGAGAUGUUAUACUUGUGCCUAUUGUCUUGUUUGAUCAAGAAAGAACAAGGAAAUUCGGCUACGAACGCGCUACUGGAUUUGAAGGAGAGAAGCGCUAAAAGUGGGUUUUUGAAUUUUUUUUUGAAAUUUAGAAUAAAAAUGAAUUUUUGAUUGCACCGUGCAAGGAAAAAAAAUUUUUUUUGAAAAUUUGAAAAAAUUUUAAAAAAUUAUUUACCCUUUACCCCCUACUCUCUACCCCCUGCUCUCUACUCCUACUCUUAUAUCCUACCCCCACUACUACUGUACCUAACUGGAUGAAAUAGAUCAAGAGGAGGUGUUAUACAUGAAGGUUUUAAAAAAUUUUGAAAAUUUCAGUAUCCAAAGAGCAAGACCGAACAAAACACCUCUCCAUGAGCCUCCGCCACCUAAGCUACAUUGUCGACCCGAACCCACUCUUCGAAGCAGCUCUACGCACAUUCGACUUGAACAUAUUAUCCAUGAUCGCCGACAAACUACAAAAAGACCCAAAGGAAUAUAUUCCACUAAUCAAUCGACUCAAAGGUUUUGAACCAGAAAACUACCGAAGAUUCCACAUCUGUUUGCUAUUGGAAGAUUGGGCUGAAGCUUUGGAUUAUAUUUCGAAGGUUGAGGAGAAGUUCGAUGAAUGUUGUGAACAUGUAAAACAAUAUGGAUUGUACUCGAGGGCGUUGAGGUUGUUCAAGGGCACUGAGAGGUAUAAGGUAAGUAUCUGAAACUAUAGAAAUGGUUUGGUCUGUUUUAGGUUUUAUGUUUGGCUUAAAUCAAGAUGUUGUUAGGGUUAAGUUUAGGUUUAACUGUAGGGUGUUUAGGCUUAAAUUAAAGCGUUAUAUAGGCUUAAGUUUAGGUUUAAGGCAAGGGUUUUAGGCUUAAAUAAAAGUUGUUUUUAGGCUUUAAGAAAAGGGUAAUAAGGAAAGUGAUUCAGGCUUAAGUUAAGGCGUUAUACAGGCUCAAAUUUAGGUUUAAAUGAAGGCAUUUUUAGGCUGAAGUAGAGCCGGGUUUUAGGCUUAAUGAUAAGCCUAAGUAAAGGCGGUUUUUAGGCUUAAACUUAGGUUUUAACUUAGACGAUUUUUAAGCUUAAAUUAAGGUGUUCUAGGAUUAAAGUGCGGACUUGAAUGAAGGCCUUUUUUAUGCAUAAAUAAAGGAUGCUUUUAGGCUUAAAGAGAAGCUUAAAUAAAAGCGUUUUUAGACUUACGUAAAGGCUGCUUUUAGGCUUAAAAAGAAGUUCAAAUAAAAACAUUUUUAGGCUUAAAGAGAAGUACAAAUAAAAAAUUUUUAGGUUUAACUAAAUGUUGCUUUUAGGCUUAAAGUAAUGGCUUUGAUGAAGGCUUUUUAAAGCUUAAAGCUAAGUUUAAAUGAAAGCGUUUUUUAGGUUUAAACUUAGGCUUAAAUUUAAACUUUUUUACGCUAAAAAAACUAAAUUUUCACUCUAUUUUUUGCGAUUUUAGGCUUAAUUUUUAGAUAUAAGCUUUAAAACAACUUGAUUUUAAAGCCCUUUUUUAGGAAAUCUGUUCACUAUCGGCCGAUCACUACUACAAGAAAGCCAAAUUCACGGACGCCGCUUAUUUGUAUCAAAAAUGCGACCAAUACGAGAAGGCUCUACAAGCAUUUGAAAGCGCCUUAAAUGUAGAAGAGUACUGUAAUUUGUACGAAAGUUUUGUGUGUCAACAAGGACAAGUAGAUGCCACGAGUACAACAAAGAGCUCUGAAAGUACAACUUUGAAUAUACCCAAAGCCAAGUACGAGCUAGCUCUGAAGAAGAUGGCCGUUCAUCUGGAGCAAAAAGGCCGAACCGCCGAAGCCGCCACAGCCCUAGCCAAGCUCAAUUUCGAAGCCCACGCCGAGAAAAUAGCGAAUUUGUUAGCGACAGCCGGUCGCUGGACUAGUCUAUCGAAAUUGACAACGAAAAUGCCGGAGGCGAUCGUCACUGACAUUCUCAUGAACAAGUUCGAAGCCUUCACCGUACUUUUUGAGAAUCAGAAGCAACAGAUCCUGGAGUAUCAGGAGAGACUGCUGGAGUUGAGAGAGAUCAAGCAAAGACAUCUGAACGCCUGGAUCGAAGCCCAAGGCGAUGACGCGUUUGAUUGUGCACAGUCGGAAACGACCAGUAUCGCGUCGAGUAUGAUGUCACAGGCUUCCAGAAUGUCGACGGCGUCUAGUCGAAGGAGAAAGAAUGUAGGUUUGGUCGUGGGUAUGAGGUUAUGAUGGGGUGUGGGUAUGGAGUUAUGACAGAUUUUGUGAAAGGGUCCUUUUUAUCUAGUUGAAGAUCAGCUGGAGGGGGAUGGGUAAAAGAGGUCAAGAUGAAAAAGAAAUUUUGAUUAUUAAGGCAGUUUUUAUUAGAAAUAUCAAGAACUUUCUUUACAGACUAUAAUAAUAUAAGUAGGAAUAAAAGAUUUGUCGUAUAACUUGUCACUCGCAGCCUGCAUAACAUAAAAAUGGGCGUCUUUGGAAGAUAAUUGGCAGCAACUUUCUUUACAAAACAAAAUGGCAAAAAUUUUCUUUACAAAAAAUGAAAUGGCAAGAACUUUCUUUACAAAACAAAAAAAUGGCAAUAACUUUUUUUUACAUAACAUAAAAUGGCAUGAACUUUCUUUACAAAACGAAAAAUGGCAAAAGCUUUCUUUACAGCACAAUACGUUCUUUACAAAGCGGAAAAUGGCAAGAACUUUCUUUACAAAACAAAUUUUUUUAAAACUUACGACAAUAUUUGUCGUAUAUUAAGUAUGACACAUAUUUAUCAAAUAUUUACCUUCAGGUAGACAAAAAGAAGUCGGUAGUGAAGAAAGGAAGUCAAUAUGAAGAUGCUGCCAUCCUAUUAGCUCUCAAAUCUCUAUACAAAGCUGUCGAUGACAUUCAAGAAGAAAUGGCACAGUUCCUAAGAGCCUUGGUUACGGUCGAUUUGCUACAAGAAGCCGCAAAAGUCCAAGAAGCCUUUGAUUCACUGAUAAAAACAUGCACAACCAAGAGGAACAGCAUCUGGCCAGAGUACCUGAAAGCCACAGAUUUGCCAGGCCCAAUCUUUGAAACGUUCCGAUGUGAAGAUGGCAUAGUGAGGUUGCCUGAAGGCAAUUCCAUGCCACCACGGUUCCAGUUGAGCGAAGAGUUGAUGGCUCCGAAGAUACGAUCCAGUGUUACGUGGAAGUUGGAUUUGUUGCAGUAG